CCACCAAGGAAUCCCAUACUCAUCACACUGUAUAUCGGUCAAACUUUCAAAAAUAGAUUGUCUAUGUUCUUCCAUGGCGGCAGAGACGACUGACCUCAUUAAAUUCCACUUUGAAAUUUCAUAUCGAAAAUUGCAGUCAUUUGCUGAAUAAAUACCACCCCCAAUUAAUCCUCCUACAAGUGCAGUGGAGCAAUGGCACCCAAAUUAAUGAAUGCUAUUCAGUAUUUUCGCUAUGGUGGUGGACCUGCUGCAUUAAAGCGUGUUAAGGUUGCUGUUCCUGAUCCAAAGGCUGAUGAGGUUUUAUUAAAAGUUGAGGCUGCAUCUUUAAACGCAUUUGAUUGGAAGAUACAAGAGGGCAUACCUCGGCCCAUAUUACCCCGAAAGUUCCCUUAUAUACCAGGAACUGAUGUUGCAGGGGAGGUAGUCCAGGCUGGAUCUUCUGUAAAGAAGUUUCAAGUUGGUGACAAGGUCCUGGCCCUGUUUAGCCAUGCUACUGGGGGUGCACUGGCUGAAUAUGCCGUGGCAAAGGAGAACAUGGCAGUUGCUAGACCCCCAGAAUUAUCAGUACCCGAAGGUGCAGGCCUACCUCUUGCUGCCCUUACUGCUCACCUAGCACUUACCCAUGCAGGCAUAAAGUUUGAUGGAAGUGGUGACAGGAAAAACAUAUUGAUCACAGCUGCAUCAGGGGGUGUUGGUCACUAUGCAGUACAGAUGGCAAAGCUUGGAAACACACAUGUAACCGCAACAUGUGGGGCACGUAAUCUAGAUUUUGUCAAGGGCUUGGGCGCUGAUGAAGUUCUUGACUAUAAGACCUCAGAAGGAGCUUCCCUGAAAAGCCCUUCAGGGAAGAAAUAUGACUAUGUGAUCCAUUGUGCUAUGGGCAUCCCUUGGGCCACAUUUGAGCCUAAUUUGAGUGCAACUGGUAAGGUGAUAGACUUGACUCCUGGCCUUGGUGCGAUGAUGAAGUUUGCUAUGCAGAAGCUAACAUUCUCUAAGAAGCAAUUGGUGCCUCUAAUUCUGUUUCCAAAGAUAGAGAACUUUGAAUAUGUUGUGAAUUUGGCGAAGGAAAGGAAGAUUAAAACAGUCAUAGACUUGAAACAUCCCUGGAGUGAAGCUGAAGAUGCUUGGAGUAGGAUAAUGAGUGGACAUGCUACCGGAAAGAUCAUAAUAGAGCUUUGAAUAGAAGGUACAAGUGUUUAUACAGACAGACACUAUGUAAUCUGUAGGUAUGUGAUACUUCAUACGGCUAUACGUUACUGGUAUAUAUUCCUCUACUUGGGUCUGGGUGAGUUUUGUCUCCCUCAAAAACUCCAUUUUGGGUUCUUGUCGUUUCAUGGGUUGCCAGCUCUAGUCCUUUUAGUGUAUAUUGCGCAUUCAUUGUUCUACGUAUAUUUGUAGCAACUUAUCAAUAUGUCAAAAGUAAAAUAUAUUCUUGUAAAGUUGUAAUAUUGCAACUAGAACCUGUGGCAAGUUUUGUUAGGGUAAAGGUUGAUUAGUAUAUCAGCAUAUGAGUAUUAUUGUUAUGGCAGAUUUUCAUUUUGAUUUU